AUGAUGGGUUUAAUAUCAUGUUACAGCGAAUUAGCAGUUCAAGUAUCCGAAAAAUCAUCAUGUUCAAGCUACAAAAACGUUUCAAAUUCGGUGAAUUCAAAUUCAGUGAAUUCAAAUUCAGUUUCACCGAAUUUAACUCCGUCAAUUCAAACUGCCGUUACGAAUGUAUACAAAACCACCUUAUCAACCGGCGACCGGCACGUCAUCACCGUCACGUGGUGCCGGAACUCCACCGUCCACGGCCUCCACAUAAACUCCGGCAACGACCCCACCACCGGUUUCCGGCUAAACACGAGUACGAGGUUGUUUCGGAAGAAAAAAGGAAACAAAAUGUUCGAAAUUAAUAAUUCAAAGUUCGAGGUUUUCUAUGAUCUUUCGACGGCGGUGUACGGCGCCGGCGCCGGAGCAGAACCGGUUGAAGGGUACUAUGUUGUUGUUAUUGUAGAUUCCGAACUGGUGUUGUUCCUCGGAGAUAUGUCGGAAGAAGCCGCCGUUAAGAAAGUGAAAAUUAAUAAACAAAUUGUGAAUUCCGAUUUGGUUUCCCGGCGGGAACAUUUUUCCGGCAACGGUUUUUAUGCUACAAAAGUGAAGUUUUCCGGUGCCGGAAGUUGGCAUGAUGUUUUGAUCCGGUGUACCGGAGAUGACGACGGUGUAAAGAACCCGAGUUUAUCGGUUUGUAUCGAUAAGCGGGUCGUGGUUCGGGUCAAGAGGCUCCGAUGGAAUUUUAGGGGGAACCAAACUAUAUUUGUUGAUGGGUUGCAAGUUGAUUUAAUGUGGGAUGUUCAUGAUUGGUUUUUUAGUUCCGGGUCAGAACCCGGAUCCGGGUCUGGGUACGGGUCGGGUUGUGGGUCGGGUCGGGCGGUUUUUAUGUUUAGAAGAAGAAAUGGGUUGGAUAGUAGAUUAUGGUUGGAAGAUGAGGUGAAGAGGAAAGAUGAGAAGCAAGAGUUCUCUUUGUUAGUUUAUGCAAACAGGAGUUAA